GUGGUUCCCGGCCACAGAGAAUUUCCUCCAGUUUGGAGGAAGCGGGAGUUGUUCUUUCACAAUCUGAAUGUCAGAGAUUCUGGGCUCCCCGAUGACUAAGAGUGUCUAAGACUUGUGGGUUGUAGCAAGCGCUUAAAUACCAGACCCUCCUGUCCCUGGUGAUUCCAGACACCUGGGCUGGGCCACGGGAAAGGAGCAUGGCCAGCCUACAGACUCCUCUCCUGGCUGCUCUCAUCCUCCUUGCAAUAAUGCUUCAAGCCACCGAGGCAGGUCCCUAUGGCGCCAAUGUGGAGGACAGUGUGUGCUGCCGGGACUAUAUCCACCACCCGCUGCCACUGCGAGCGGUGAAAGAUUUCUACUGGACCUCGGACUCCUGCCGGCGACCUGGCGUGGUCCUGCUAACCCUCAGGAACAUGGAGAUCUGUGCAGACCCCAGGCUGCCCUGGGUGAAGAAGGCUAUCCAGAAGCUAAAGAAGUGAGGGGAAACCUUGCCCCGAAGACCAUGGUCUCGGCUCCUCCAGGAAGACUCAUGGCACCCAAGUUUCCUGCCAUUAUCGCCACAACCCAGCACCCAAGCCCGUGCCAAGGUCUCUCUCUGCAUUCUCUGAUCCCCGUCCUUGCGGCCGCCACCUUCAGUCAGGCUCCACACUGUCCCUCCCACCUCCCCUCGGACCCGUCCAACCCGUCCUAUGCCCCACAGCAGCUAGAAGGUCCACAGUCCUGCUCAGUCUUUUCCCUGCUCAAAAUCCUUCUGUGGCUCCCCAGUGCCCCAGGCUUGGGUCAGAGCUCCUGAGCCUGGCACCCCAGCGCUCUGGAUCAGGGUGCUCCCCUGUCUCCAGACUUGACCCCUAUUCCCUUCAUGAAUGUUGGGCUCCAGCUACCUAUUCUCCAGACACAUGCUAUGCAUUCUGCCUGGGGGCCUUUGCCUAGGCUGUGCCUGACGCUCAGAAUGCCUUUCCCACCACAUCCACAUGACCAUCCCAACCAGCCCUCCAAGGGAUUGCCCAGACCAAACAGCCAGCAAUCAACUUUCUCUUUUUAGACUUCCCCUGGCCCUCUUUCUCCUCUUAAUAGCCCUGAUCACAAUCUGCCCAGAAUCCUCAGGAUUUGGGAACUUGUUCUCCAGCUCCAUUGGCUGGACCAAGGUCCACGUCUGAGUUACUCUCAUUUCCCGGCCUCCAGCACAGGGCCUGGCUCAGAAUCGGGGCUUAGCAAAUGACUGCAGAAUGAAUCAAUAAAAGUAAUGUCCCUCCCUUGUCCCCCAGAAAGGCAGUCAGUCAUCAAUGCCGAGACUUAAGGUCACGGAGAGAGGGGCCAGCUGGAUCAAUUGUGAAGCCCCAAAUUUGCCUGAUUCACCUUUCUUCCCCAUUUGACCUACUUGUUAGGCUUUUUCACCCUUCUUGCUUCCCUUAGGCUUUUACUGCUCCCCCAACCUCCAACACCCAGGCCCACUCCCUUCAGGGUACUCCACAUUCCACUUUCCUUUCCUCCUUCCCCAAAUAGCUGAUAAACAAAUUUAUGCUAUGGUGUGAAUGACUACCCCUGGCUUGGUGUUAUGAGCUCUAGUAUAUUUGUAUAGGAAUAGAGGGCAAAUGCUUAAGAGGCCAAAUGAAUGAAUGGAUGACUUUUAGGAACUGUGUGGGAAGGGGACAGGGCAGAGCUUUCCUGGCCUUGAGAGGCAGCUGGCUUUGAAUGUAGCAGCUGUGUGUGAGUGUCUGAUGGGCAGAUGCGUGAAGGAGCCCAGGUGGAGAUUGUUCAAGCUAAGGUUUAUCUGUGUCUCCCUGGGACACAGGCGCAGGGUCUCCAGAUAAAGGAAAUAAGCUUUACGUGUGCUUCUCCCUUCUGAGGGAGUCUGAUGCAGCUCAGCAUGGUGAUCACAGCUGUGUGACACUGAGAAGACCAUUUAACCUCUCUGAGCCUCACCUAACAAAUGAUGGUGAGAAUACCCACCUUAUAGGUUGCUAUGGGGUUCAGACCCAAGACACAGGGAAUGAUGCUUUGCCAACAAUAGCUCAGUGUCUUCCAGGGUCCAUGUCCCCCCAGGAACCCCACUGGCCAUAAUUAGAGCCCUCAGAUGUCUGGGAUCCCUUUCUCCUCCAGGGCUUCUGUCCUGCCCUUGCCACUCAGGCCUUCUGGAAAAUAAAUUCUCUA